AUGGUUCGUGUAUGAUCUUGAUACACGUGCAUUGUUGUUGAUUGAUGUCUUAAAUUUCAAACAAUUUUAUAAACAAAUAAAAAAAUGUUAAAGUUUAAAAAAAAACAGAGUUUAGCUGAAUGUAUCAAUGAUGUAAUAACAGAUGGAGCAAAAACAUUUGAUUCUGAUGACGAGGAUGAAGUAACAAAAGCUAAAGUUGUUGAUCAACAUUCAGAAUCAGAUUCUGAUGAUGUCCCAACUGGUACAUCGUUCAGAAAACAGAAUGUUCAUCUUCUCGAUGAAGUUGAUGCCAGAUACCAAGGUAAAAAAGUGUCGAGAAAAGACAUUUAUGAAAAUGAGUCUUAUGAUUCUGAUGGUGAUUUAGAAAGUGAUAAAGAUUCAGGUGAUGCUAUGGAUGAUUUGUGUGACACUGAUUCUGAUGAUGGUAAUAGUGAUAGUCAACAAGAGGCUGAUGAUAACAGUGAUGCUGAAGUAGAUGAUGAUGAUGAUGAUGAUAAUGAUGAAGAAGAAGAUGAUAAUGAUAAUGAAGAAGAUAAUGACAAUGACAACGAUAAUGAAUCUGAAAUAAGUGAUGAUGAAGAAUCAGACUUUGAUGAGGACAAUCCUCUUGGUAGAAAUCGUGAUGGUGAAAAUAAUUUUCCCAGUAUGACACCAAUAAAUAUAAAUCAAGAAAUUGAAAAAGGUAAUUGUGUCAGAAAUCAACUUAAAGCAUGGGAAAAUUUAUUGGAAAUGAGAAUAAAACUUCAAAAAUGUCUUUCAACAAGCAACAAAAUGCCACAAUAUGAUGUCUUUAAAGAAUAUCAAACAGAUAAACAAUUUAUUGAAGCUGCAAAAGAUACAAAAAAAAAAUUAUCCAAUGCUUUAGAGGGUCUUUUAGAAUUGCAAGAAAAAUUAUGGAAAAAUAAUCCAGAAACUAAAAAUUUAUUAUCUAAUAAACAAAAUAAUGAUAAAUCAAAAACAAAUGAAGAUGAUUCAAUGGACGAAGAAAUUCCAUCUGAUACUGAUGAAGAAAUGGAACAUGAUGAUAAAGAUAAAUCUGAUAAUGAUGACGACAAUGAUGAUGCUGAUACAAAAGAACCAGCAAAUAAAAAACGUAAAACAUUGGAUGAAUUUGAAAAAAUUCUUGAAAAAAGACACGCAGUUUAUACACCAUAUAGAAAUUCAGUUAUUCAAAAAUGGAAUGACAAAACUCGUGUUGCAGCUGGUAAUGCUAGCAAAGGUACAAGUCAAGCUGUUGUUAAACAAAUUGAAUUUUUAUUAAGUAAUAAACAAAAAUUAAUAUCAAGAACACAAUUAAAAAGAUCAGAGUACAGUAUUAUUGGAAAAAAAGAUCAAGUUGAUGAUGAUGAUGGAAGAAGAAUUCAAGAAUACGACACAGAAAUAUAUGAUGAUGAUGAUUUUUAUCAUCAAUUAUUGAGAGAAUUAAUUGAGCAUAAAUCAGCUGAUAUCACAGAUCCAAUACAAUUGGGAAAACAAUGGGUUCAACUACAAAAUAUGAGAACUAAAAUGAAAAGAAAAAUUGAUACACGUGCAACAAAAGGACGUAGAGUUAGAUACAAUGUUCAUACAAAAUUAGUUAAUUUUAUGGCACCAAAUGCACUUGAUGAUACAUGGUCUGAUGUAGCUAAAACAGAACUUUAUAAUUCAUUAUUUGGAAAAAUUAAAGUUGUUCAAAGAAAUCAAAAAAAAAAUGAACCAGAUGUUGAAAAUAUUUAAAUAUAAAAAAAAAAAACAUUUGUAAAUAUAAAUAAAACUUGAUGUGGAACAAAAAA